UGUGUGAUCCUGGGUGCCUCCGAGGGCUCGCUGGACUACAGGAGGAGCUUCCCGCAGCCUGGGAAACGGAAUUUGCCCGUUGUUGAGCUGUAGAAUAGCUGCACAAGGCCGGCACUGGCACAGGACUGGAGCGCCCAGGGUGCUGGCAUCACGUAGGCAGCUGCCACCGAAAUGACACACUUGAUUGAAGGCCAAAAGAACCCAAUACGUAACUGCUGUGAUUAAGCUCCAUAUGAUGCCUCAGAGCAAGUAAAAACCCCUCCUUCAUCUCAUCUUGCUUGUAACGAGACAGCCGUUGCAGCGAUCUCAUUUGGGUCAUGUUGUGGCUUUUGGGGGAUUUUGGGGGGGUUGUUUUGGCUCGGUUUUUUUUUGCUUCUGGCUGUACACACCCAUGACCUGCAGCAAUCCGCACCCCCGCGAUGCCCCCUGAGAGCCUUGGGCUGUAGGUGUGCUGCUAGCUGGGAAUACAAAUCCGAGCAGGGAGAAGAUGCCAUUCCACCAUGUGACAGCUGGCUUGUUGUACAAGGGCAAUUACCUGAACCGCUCGCUCUCGGCAGGCAGCGACAGCGAGCAGCUGGCCAACAUCUCCGUGGAGGAGCUGGAUGAGAUCCGUGAGGCGUUCCGAGUGCUGGACCGGGACGGGAAUGGCUUCAUCUCCAAGCAGGAGCUGGGCAUGGCCAUGCGCUCCCUGGGCUACAUGCCCAGUGAGGUGGAGCUGGCCAUCAUCAUGCAGCGCCUGGACAUGGACGGGGAUGGCCAGGUGGAUUUUGAUGAAUUUAUGACCAUUCUGGGACCUAAGCUGGUGUCAUCAGAGGGCAGGGACGGCUUCCUGGGGAACACAAUAGACAGCAUAUUCUGGCAGUUUGACAUGCAGAGGAUAACGCUGGAGGAGCUGAAGCACAUCCUGUACCACGCCUUCCGUGACCACCUCACCAUGAAGGACAUCGAGAACAUCAUCAUCAACGAGGAGGAGAGCUUGAAUGAGAACUCUGGCAACUGCCAAACGGAGUUUGAAGUGCACGCCCAGAAGCAGAACCGCCAGACGUGCGUGCGCAAGAGCCUCAUCUGCGCCUUCGCCAUGGCCUUCAUCAUCAGCGUGAUGCUGAUCGCGGCCAACCAGAUCCUGCGCAGCGGCAUGGAGUAG